AUGAGAUUACCUGUAGAAAUUACUCAAACCCUUAAAAAUGUUUGUCGUUCAUUUAGUACGAAGAAAUGUCAUGCCGUGUCUCAUGUCAUUUUUGAUAUGGAUGGUGUACUUCUAGACACUGAAAAUAUACACAAGCAAUCUGUAACAGCAGUGGCUUCUAAAUUUGGUAAAACCUACAACCUUGACUUACGAUAUAGGGUGUUAGGUGCACCUGAAUUUGAUGGAGCCAAGAUGGUAGUUAAUGAAUUAAAUUUGCCAAUAUCGAUUGAAGAGUAUAUGAUCAUGGUUCGUGCAUUUGAAAAUAAAGUUUUAUCUGAUGUUGGUUUACUACCAGGUGUAGAUCGGCUUGUGCGUCACCUUCACAAAAACAAAGUACCAUUUGCUAUAGCGACUAGCAGUAGUAAAAAAAGUUUUGACUUGAAAACUUCUCAACAUAAAUCAUUGUUUUCACUUUUUAACCAUGUCGUCUGUGGAGGAUGUGAUCCAGAAGUAAAAAAUGGAAAACCUGCACCAGAUAUAUUUCUUACAUGUGCCUCUAGAUUUCCUGAUCAGCCACAUCCAAAAAAGUGUUUAGUAUUUGAAGAUUCUCCAAAUGGGGUGAGAGGAGCUAAAGAAGCUGGUAUGCAAGUAGUAAUGGUACCAGAUAAUUUGUUAUCAAAAGAUUUAUGUACUGAAGCAACUGUAGUAUUAGGCAGUAUAAAAGAUUUUGUUCCAGAAGCAUUUGGUUUGCCAUCGUUUAAUUGA